AUGCGGCCUAGCAGCUUCGCCUCAUCCCUUCUCCUCUUCACAGCUGCCGCCUCAGCAUGGCCCUGGCCCCCGUCAUGGCAGCCCAGAGAGACAGGAGCAGUAGCAAGACGAGACACAACAUGGGCAAUAGAACGACGGCAGCAGAGUAGUCUCGCCCUCUCCCUCUCCACCGAGCAAGGCAAUACCGCCACCACCGAGAAGUCUACUGAGAAGUCCACCAAAAAGACGACCAAGGGCGACGAUGCCACCCAAAGCGCCAGCGCCAGUGCCACCGACACCAAGAGCGGCGAUGACAGCAAAACGACGGGCAAAACCACCGGCAAAUCAGACGACGACGACAACAAGAAAACCACGAAAAAGACCUCCUACGAAACGACCAAAACCUUCGAUAACCGCCUCCCCGCCGGCGGCGUCUCCAUGAUCACCCCCAACGUCAUCGCCGGGCCCCAAUACUACAAAAUCGCUUCCAAGCCGGGGCAAGAAUACAUCACCUUUGCCUGGAACUACACCUCGCUCUCCAGGACCCCCUCCGCUAUUGACAUCCUCGCCUCCUGCUCCCAGAACAGCGCUACCUACACCAUCAGCGCCAACGCGUCGGUCACCGGGCCUACGCAGGAGGUUAUAUGGGACGUGGGGAAGUACCAAGCCACCGCCACCCAGCCGCUGCUGAUGGCGACGUAUACCCUUGUUAUCCAUGACGCGCAAGCGGAUAUCACGGCGAGUCCGCGGGCGGGGUAUCUGGGGACCUGGAAUCAGUUCUAUUUUGGCAUGUAUCUGCCGCAGGAGUACACGCCCAUCGCGGACUACGUGUGUGCGACGUGUAGCGGGGCGAUGAGUAGCAUGACGCGGCAUACGAUUUGGGGUAUGUUGGGCAUGGCGGCGGUGACCGUGUUGAGUUUUGGGUGGUUUGGGGGAGUGGCGGGGUUGUGGUAG